GCAGCACAGUCAUCAGCAACCAAGAUGCACUGAAUCAAUCGUGUGGGGGGUUGGGGUGUGGGGUGUCGCUUGUCCAUUCUUCGUCUUGACAUCGAUCGCACCAGGAGCAGUCAGCAGUGAGCAGUCAGCAGUCAGCAGCAGCUAUCAUGUCAUUUCAGGAACUGUUGGCGAGGCAGAGGCAGCGCGCGUCGGAGCUGAGGCCGUACUUGUAUGUGGGCAGCGCACGAGAGGCAAGCGACCUGGAGUACCUGCAGAUGCACGGCUUCACACACAUCCUGAAUGUGGCGAACGACGUCCCAAACUACCACACACAGCACUUCACCUACUGCCACCUUCCCGUCGCCGACUUUGGCCAGGACGAGGGCAUCUCUCGCAUCUUUGCACAGGCCAAGGCAUUCGUCGAGGAAGCACGCGCAGCCAGCACAGCCACGACCGAAGGCGAUGGCAAAGGAGAGGAAGCAGGGGAAGACGCCGAUGAUGACAAAGGUGAUGAUGACACUGCAGAUGAUGGUGAGGCAAGCGGCAACAAUGGUGAUGGAAGCGACAACACUGGUGGCGUUGCUGAUGCUGGCGACGUACGCCAACCAAGCGGCGCAAGAAGGUCGCAGGCAAAAGUGCUGGUGCACUGCGCCGCUGGGUGUAACCGCAGCGUCACCGUGUGCGUGGCAUUGCUGAUGAUGCUGGAGAACAUGACGCUGCGGGAGGCGUUUGCGCACGUGAAGAAGCAGCGUCCGGGCGUGUGGCCCAUGAAGGACAACCGGCAGCAGCUGCUCGCCUUUGAACGCAAGCUCACGGGCACCAACACCAUCACUGAGGAGCAGUUCAGCGGCAACCCACGCAAGCUCUCCUGGCUCAGAGGCAUGCUCAGCUAGCAUGUACUUGUGUGUGUGUGUGUGUGCGUGUGAAUGUUCUUGUGUGUGUGUGUGUGUGUGCGCGCGCGCGCGCUCUUGUUUGUGAAAUGAUCCCAGUGAGCACCUAACGUAUGAUGGCGUUGUGUAAGACAAAGAGUAAGGACCACAUGUUGUAUUGGCAAUGGCACAAUGAAGAAAGCAAGCAAGCAAGCA